AUGUCGGACGGCUCGCCCAACGCCUACAACUACCGCCACGAUGCCAACCUCAUCUUCGAGGCCCACAAGCAGCACGGCUUCUGGUUUGGCCUGGAGCAAGAGUACACCCUGCUCGACGAGUUUGGCUGGCCCUAUGGCUGGCCCAGGAACGGCUUCCCCGCGCCCCAGGGUCCUUACUACUGCGGUGUAGGAACCGGCAAGGUCUUCUGCCGUGACAUCGUCGAGGCUCACUACAAGGCCUGCAUGUACGCCGAGAUCAACAUCUCUGGCACCAACGCCGAAGUCAUGCCCGCCCAGUGGGAGUACCAAGUCGGCCCCUGCGCUGGCAUCGAGCUCGGUGACCAGCUCUGGAUGUCGCGCUUCCUUCUCCACCGCGUUGCCGAGGAGUUUGGUGCCAAGGUCACGUUUGCGCCCAAGCCCAUUCCCGGUGACUGGAACGGUGCCGGUCUGCACACCAACGUCUCUACCAACGAGACGCGUGCCGAGGGUGGCAUGAAGGCCAUCGAGGCCGCCAUGGAGAAGCUCUCUACCCGCCAGGCCGAGCACAUGGCCGUCUACGGCUCAGACAACCAGCUCCGCAUGACGGGCAAGCACGAGACGGCCUCGUAUGACAAGUUCACCUGGGGCGUCGCCAACCGCGGCUCCUCUGUCCGUAUCCCCCGCGCCGUCGCUGCGGAAGGAAAGGGCUACUUUGAGGACCGCCGCCCCGCCUCCAACGGUGACCCCUACCAGAUCACCGGCAUCAUCGCCGAGACCAUGUACGGCAAGGUCGAGGGUGCAGACAUCGCCCGCUUCGCACAAAAGGCGGACAAUGUCGAUCUCGACAUGGUGGUCGAGGUGGCCAAGCCAUAG